CCAACCCGCUUCGCAAUUCCAAUCUUUCUGUGCGUGUGCGUUUGCCAUUUUGGAGAUUCCCAGGGAAGCAGAGUUAAAGCGGUGGCAAUGGAGUUGGACCCAGAUGAUGUUUUCAGGGACGACGAUGACGAUCCUGAGAACGAAGCUCUUCGGCAAAGAGCGUCGAGUAAAGAGCUUGUGGUGUACUUGGUCGACGCUUCCCCUAAAAUGUUCUCCACCAAUUGCCCUUCUGAAGAUCAGAAGGAUGAAAGCCACUUUCGGAUUGCCAUUAGCUGUAUACUGGAGUCAUUGAAGACUCAAAUAAUUAAUAGAUCAUAUGAUGAAGUUGCAGUGUGCUUUUUCAACACGAGAGAAAAGAAGAACUUGCAGGAUUUAAAUAGUGUAUUUGUGUUUAAUGUUGCUGAUCGGGAGUUCCUGGACAGGCCAACGGCUAAAUUCAUAAAGGAACUUUCCCGUUUAGAGGAGUUCUUUGUGAAAGAAAUUGGCAGUCAGCAUGGCAUUGUGUCUGGAUCUCGAGAAAAUUCACUUUACAAUGCUCUUUGGGUGGCACAAGCUCUUUUACGUAAAGGAUCUGCAAAGACAGCCGAUAAACGUAUACUUAUUUUUACUGAUGAGGAUGAUCCUUUUGGGAACAUCAAGGGUGGGGCAAAAGCAGAUAUGACUAGGACCACUUUGCAGCGUGUCAAAGAUGCACAAGAUCUUGGAAUAUCAAUUGAACUUCUUCCCUUGAGUCAGCUAGACAGGGAGUUCAAUGUUUCGCUUUUCUAUGCUGAUUUGAUUGGAUUGCAAGGUGAGGAUCUUGCUCAAUUUGUGCCUGCUGCUGGAGAGAGAAUGGAAGAUAUGAAAUAUCAACUGAGAAAACGUAUGUUCAAGAAGCGCAUUGUGAGGAAAUUAACAUUUUCAGUUGCCAAUGGAGUGUCCAUUGAAGUGCAUACGUAUGCUUUUAUCCGUCCAACAGUUCUAGGGUCAAUAACCUGGCUUGAUUCAGUCACAAAUCAACCAAUCAAGAUUGAAAGAUCGUUCAUCUGUGCUGAUACUGGUGCACUGAUGCAAGAACCUCCAAAACAUUUUCAAACUUACAAGAAUCAAAAUGUCAAGUUCUCAGUGGAGGAACUUUCUGAGAUAAAAAGAGUCUCAACCGGACAGCUUCGUCUUCUUGGGUUUAAGCCACUGAGUUGCUUAAAAGAUUAUCACAACCUGCGGCCUUCUACAUUUAUUUUCCCCAGUGAUGAGGAAGUAAUUGGUAGCACUCGAAUUUUCAUUGCUCUGCACAGAUCCAUGAUACGGCUCAACCGUUUUGCAGUUGCAUUCUAUGGCACUUCAUCUCAUUCCCAGUUGGUUGCCCUCGUUGCUCAAGAAGAAAUUAUUGAUUCUGGAGGGCAGGUUGAGCCACCGGGAAUGCACAUGAUAUGUCUUCCGUAUUCUGAUGACAUCAGACAUGCUGAGGAGCUUCACUCAGGUACAAACGCAGCCAUACCUCGAGCAAAUGAGGAUCAAAUUAAGAAGGCUGCUGCUUUAAUAAAGCGUAUUGACUUGAAGGACUUUUCAGUCUACCAGUUUGCAAAUCCUGGUUUGCAGAGACAUUAUGCAAUUUUGCAGGCGCUUGCUCUCGAAGAAGAUGACUUGCCAGAAAUCAAAGAUGAAACAGUGCCUGAUGAGGAAGGCCUGGCUAGGCCAGGAGUUGUUAAGGCAAUAGAAGAGUUCAAGCUGUCUGUUUAUGGGGAUAAGUAUGACGAAAGUGAUAAUGCUGGCCAUAAAAAGGUGAGUGAGGCAUCCAAGAAACGAAAAGCCCUUGCAGAUGGUGCUGUUCAGAAAUCGGCACAAUAUAAUUGGGAUGCGCUCGCUGACAGUGGCAAGUUGAAGGAUUUGACGGUAGUGGAGUUAAAGUUCUACUUGAGCGCACACGAUCUGCCCGUCUCUGGCAAGAAGGAGGAUUUGGUCAAGAGGAUAUUGACUCACAUGGGGAAGUGAACUUGUAAUGUAAAUAUUGCAGAGCUUUUGUAUUGCUCUUGACCUCUUGAUAGGUGCAAUAGAAUCCCAAGAAUGCUGAA